AUGGCUUCGCCUACAGCGGGAGCAAGUGAAGCUCCUCAAGGGGGACAAAGCCCUGGUGGAGCGAGCGAACAGCCUGUUCUGACAGGCGAAGUGGUGCUGAACCAGUUGGCAGCUGCCGUGGCGCAGCUGGCUCAGGCGACUACCUCGAGCGGUCAAAGCUCGAGCCAGUGGAAGGAGACGAAGUAUGUGAAGGCCCCGGACCUCUUCAAUCCGAAGUCUUUGGAAGAGGAGGCUGCUCAGUGGGGCGAUUGGUCGUUCCACUUCCGCAACUUCAUGACGAUUCAGGACUCAGGCUACCGUUCCGACUUUGAGAAGUGUGAGUCCGCCAGCAGCUUUGUCAACUUUGCUGAUUAUGCUGCUGAUGUGAAGGAGAGAGCCCUUCGGCUCUACUCUGUGUUGGCGAGCUACCUCCGGGGUCGCCCGCUAAAGCUGCUUCGUGCUAACAAGAAUGGAGACGGCUAUGCAGUUUGGAGGCAGCUUUGUGACGAACUACAACCACGCUCGCGCCCUCGUGCUUUGGCUUUGGCGCAAGCGCUGUCGCGCUUCCCACCGCACAAGGAGGGCACUUCUCUCUUAGAGUACAUCUUGGGCUACGAACGGCUCAUUGCGGAGUACGAGGCUGUGGCGACGCAGAAGUACCAGGAGGACCUCAAGAUCUCGACGCUCCUUGCUGGCUUGCCUCAGGAGGUCAAGCGCUACAUGUACCUUCAGGUCAACGACUCCACGACCUACUUGGGCUUGAGGGAGAAGCUGUUGCAGUACGAGCGGACGUCUUCUACGUGGACGGCAGAGAGUAUGCUGAAGUCCCUCGGCGGCGGCUUCAACACUGACGCGAUGGAUGUGGAUCGUGUUGCCGAUGCUAAAGGCAAGGGCGGCAAGAAAGGCGAUAAAGGACCGAAGGGCAAACACGGCAAAGGUGACUACGGCAAGAAGGGCGAGUACGGCAAGAAGGGAAAUGAGAAAGGCUGGCACCGUGAUGGUGGCAAAGGCUAUGGCAAGGGCUCACCGAAAGGUGGGAAAGGCAAGAAAGGAGAUCCUGGGAAGAAGGGCUCUCCUAAAGGCUCUUUGUCUUUGGUGGAGUGCUGGAAGUGUGGCAAGCGAGGACACUACGCAGCAGAGUGCCGAUCGAGAGUCAACCAGGUGAACCAGGAUGACGACGCAGCUUCAGUGCAGACGAGGGCAACGACUUCUUCUGCCACAACAGCAAGCACAGCCGCUCCUGCGGCAAAGGCGCAAGUUCGUCGAUGCUUCACCAUAGGCAGCGACAAUGAGAGUGAGUUUUCUUUUGAGCUUUGCAGUUCCCUUGACCUGACGGCAGAUGAUAGUGCUGAGCUUGAGGCUGAGAGUGCUUUCCAUGUUCGUGCUGUUGCUGCUGACCCCAAUUUGCAUGAAGUGAUUUUGGAAAGUGGAGCCGAUUGCACCGUCUUGCCCCUCAGCUCGUUUGCAGACGUCGGCCAGCACAGUCGUGAGAGCUCGUUCCUGCUAGAUGCGCAGGGCAACAGGAUUCCGCAAGGCCAGGUCCGAACGUCUGUGGUUUUCGAGGUUGAGGGUAUCGAUGGUGAGAUCAUUCAAUUUCGCGACAAGGCAGUGCUAGCGCAGGUUCGGCAGCCGUUGUUUUGCUUCGGGAAGUUGCUUCGUGAUCAGUGGUUGCCCGAGCUGAAUCCUCAACAGGGCUGGUGCCUCAGAAAGGGCGAACGGUCCUUCGGAGUGCACUGGAGCAAGAACUCUCUUGCCACCUACAUGAGGAUCCUGAGGGUCGAAGGAGAGUGCGCCAAGUCGGCUCACGAGCCGGCGUCUCCACAGGCACCCCCGGCCAUGGCAGUGAGGUUGGUGGUCGAGAUCUCUGACGAUUUGGAGAUUCAUGCGCAGGCCCCAGGCUGGAGCUUGAAUUCUAGCAUGCAGCCAGUGCACAUGGGAACAAACAUGGAAACCACCUUUGAUGGCUCUGGUCGCUUUAGUUGCUCAGAUUGGCCGUUUAGGACCACACUUCUUUGCCGUGGUGAUCGCAAAUAUGAAGUCUUUGAGUGCUGUGAAGUUUGGGAAGAUCGUCUUGAGUUUGGUUUCGGUGCCUGUGAAAGCAAGGUGUUGACUAUCCUCACAAAGGAAGCUAUAGAGCCCAAUGACCUCGGUAAAGUACUUCAGCAAGAUCCUGCUCCACGUGGCGAACGCUCCUUUGAUGAACCUCCCAAUGAACCCUUGCAAGCCCCAGGUCUUGAGCCCGAUGAGCCAGCAGACGGAGCAGCUGGCGAUCCUGAACGAGACGGCCGCGGAGGAGAGUUUGCAAUGCUAGGGCCUUCUCCGGUUGAAGUUCUUGGGGAUGAUGAAGAAGCUUUGGUGGUGAAUGGCACGCGUCUAACUGAGAUUAGUCCACUUCGUGAGCUUCGGCUUGGUUGCCGGUUCCUUGGCAUCUCGAAGAACGGCUCAAAGUCAGCAGUGUGGCAGCGCUUGAAGAAGGAGGUAGCACACAGCAAGUUGCAGUUGGAGGUUGCAGCAUCGGAAGCCGUGAGGGCAGAGUUUUCCCGAGAUCCCAUAGUUCAGGCACUCCCAGUUCCUCCAAGUCCCGAGCUAGUUGCACUACAUGAAGUUACACAUCUUCCUCGUGCUGAUUGGUGUGAAGCUUGCAUAGCAGCCCGGAGUCGUGAAGAUAACUUUGAAGCAGCAGGCCCCAAACGUGAGUUCCCGGUGAUCUCUCUGGAUUUUAUGUUUGUGAAGACUGACGGGGAAGAAGCACCUCUUGCCACUCACCUGGUGUGUGUGGACUCUCAAUCCAAGUACGUGGUAGCAGUUGCACUUGCUUCCAAAGGAGGCAAAACCUUGAAGCAUGCUGUGGAAGAGGUUGUUGGCAUGCUGACGGUUCUCGGCUAUGCCAAGGUGAUUCUAAGGUACGACACAGAACCAUCCAUGAAACAACUUGUGAACUCCAUUGUUGCUGUGCGUGCAAAGAACAACUUGGCGACAGAGCUCGAACCCGUCGGGCCGGACUCCUCUUUACAUGGGGCACUCCGUUCUGAACGUUAUCAUCAGACUGUUCGCAACCUCGGCAACUGUCUCCUGAAAACAAUAGAGCAACGGACAGGACACAAGGCCGAGACUUGGAGCCCGCUGCAUUCCUGGGCGUUUGUGCAUGCAGCCUUCCUGGUGACAAGGUUCCAUGUUCACCGAGAUGGGUGUACCUCCCAUGAAUUAGUACAUGGACGGAAGUACGACCAGAAACUUUGCCCGUUUGGCUCUGCUGUUUAUGCACAAUACCUUCCGAAGAACAAAAACAAGGGAGAAGUUUGGCGACAAGGUGUUUGGUUGGGCAGAGCAAGAAUUGGGAAUCUACAUGUGAUCGGUGACAGUGCUGGCAUUCACUUUGCCAGAACCAUUCGGAGGCCUCCCAAGGCCUACGACUUGGAGCUUCUGAAGACCAUGCGGGGGACUCCUUACGACUUCCUGCUGGAUGUGGUGCCCGUGCGCAAGAAGAAGGUGGACAAGGAUCGAUUGCCGAUCUUGGCGGAGGCUGGGAACGCUGGUCCAGGAGAUGAGGCUGCAAGUGACCCUACCUCCUCUGAGGCUGGGGGCGUUGGAUCAAUGAGCAUGAGCUUGCCUGGUCAGUCUUCUGGGACGGGUUCUUCCUCUUCUACGGAGCUUAUUCCUGAUGCUAUGGACGUUGAAGGCGGCGUCAACCAGGCCGCUGAGGAUGAAGAUGGCGUUGUUGUUUCGGCUGAGGGGGGACCCCCCACAGGCCACUUCGAGGAGGAAGGCUUCCAUGGCGUUCCAGAAGAUUGGAGCGACAUCUUCGAGGAGACUUGGGAGAUCGAGGGUGUCUUGCAGGAGGCGGAAAGACGCAAAUACGAAGAAGGGCCUCCUGUGCUUGAUGCCGACGCUCUUGCGGCAUUGGAUGCUGAGAUGGAUGAGGUGGAAAUCCAGAGGCUCUUGGGAAUGAAAGUCCUUGAAGAGAUUGGCCCCGACGAGGACGUGAGUGACAUGUACCGCUUAGGCUGCAAGAACGUUCGAGAUUGGAGGUUUCGCAACGGCUGGGUGCGGCGAUCACGCUUGGUUGCCAAAGAGUUUCGCUUUCUGCAGCCGUACAUGGAGAACUUGUAUAGCCCUGCUUCGCUGAGUUCUACACAAAAGUUGCUUGCACGACUUUGUUGCUGUAAUCCCCAACUUCGUUUGUACAGCGGUGACAUCAAGGAUGCAUACCUCACUGUGAAGCAGAGACGGAAAACCUACAUUGUCAGCAACAGCGGUCGCAUGUACAGACUGCGCUACAAUCUGCCCGGACAAAGGGCAGGUGCUCGAGACUGGCAUGAGAAGCUUAAGGCAGUGCUUGAAAGUGAUGGUCUUCGUGCUUUUGAAGGUGCCCCAGCCCUCUUCUAUGAGCCCCAGAGUUUGAUCGUUUCCACACAUGUUGAUGACCUGCAAAUGCUAGGACUUGAUGCACGGGUGCAGCGUCUGACCAAGAAGAUCGAUGAGGCAGAUCUUCAGUUCGGUGUUGAGGGGCCGUGCACGCCUUGGUCGGGUGAGUGUCGCUUCUUGAAGCGGAAGUUCAUGGGGGUCAACGGGAGCAUUGUCAUAGAGCAAGAUGGGAAACACGUCGAGAAGCUGAUCAACCUGGUCGGUGUCGAGAGAGAGUCUGGAAAGCAGACCCCAUGCCCCAUGAACCCCAACGAUGUGAAGUCCACGAAACCUCUAUCUUCCGAAAAGUACCCAGCUUACCGCACGGCCAUAGGUAUUCUCCUCUAUCUCGGCCCCGAUAGACCCGAAUGCCUCUACGCGAUCAAGCUGCUCUCCGCGAAGACUUCCAACCCUACAGAACAUGAGUGGCAUCUUUUGCGACACCUCGUGAGAUACCUGAAGUUGCAUCCCAAGCGUGGCAUUUCUUUGAGUGCAUGCAAUCCUGGCAGGACCGUUGAGCAGCGCUGGCUUGGGAACCCUGGUCCUGAGCGAGGCCCGGAAGCUGAUGCUUCCCAACCUUUCGGGAACGGACACCUCAUAGAAUCAAUCUCUGACGCCUCGUGGGGUGGAGAAGCCGACAGGCGGAGCAUCAGCGCUGCAGUUAUAUUUUUAAACGGGAAUGCGGUGCACGUGGGCAACAAGAGGCAGAAGAGUAUAUCGCUUUCUUCUUGCGAGAGUGAGGUCCACGGGAGCUUGUACUCCAUUCAGGAAGGGCUUUUCUUGAAAAGGCUCUUAGAGACUGUGUGCGAGAACAGCGUGCACCUCGUUCAUCGAGUAGACUCUUCUUCGUGCAGGGCAUUCAUUGAUCGUGUUGGUCUGGGACGUUUGAAGCACAUUGACAUAGCACAGUUGUGGGUGCAAGAUCUCAGAGCUCGCAACAUGUUCACUUUGAAGCCUAUCUCUACGAAGUUUUGCCCGCCGGACCUUGCCACAAAGCCGAUGAGUGGGGUGAGAUCCAGAAUGCUAGAGUAUACCAUAGGAGUGUGUCAGUCUGAUGGCACCCUCAUCGGAUCGGAAGAGUUCGAAGACGAAUGGAACAGAGAGCAGCUGCGGCGAAUCCGCAGUACCAAAGAGGGUGUGAGUUCAACUGCUAAGGCCUAUGUUGCAAGGAGGGUCCUGGCGCUCUUGCUUGCAAGUGAGGGUCUGAGCUUUGCAGAUGGACUUUGGCUUCAUGAUGGUGAUUCCUGUGCUGCUGGCGGUGCUCUUGUCAAGACCGAGGCCUACUUCAAGAACUACUUCAAGGCGAGCGGUGACGACAACGGCGAGGAAGUGAACGUCGAGAACUUCAAGGUGACGAGGCGCUUGGAGGAGACCGUCGAGUACCACAACAACGUUGAGGAGACCAACUUCUUGGAGAAUGCCUUCUACAUCAUGGCCUUCUUUGCUUGCGAGAACAAGGCCAACUUGGAGAUCAACGUGGACAAGACCUUCAAGCUCCUCUACUUGAACGUGGCGAUUCAGAUGUACCUCAUGGCAGUGACCAUCCUCUUCUUCGACGUGGCGAUCAACCGGAACCUCUUCGUGAAGAUCCUCCCGAAGUUCAACAAGGUGCUCAGCGUGUUCCAGGCGAAGGAGCUCAAGGUGACGAUUCUCCUGAUGAAGGGGAACAUUGGGAUCAGUUUGCGGCUUUUGUGCCACCGCCUCUACAAAGCCAAUGGCAUCGACUACUCGGAGGACCUUCUUCGUCACUGGGAACAACACCGUGAAGUUUCAGUCGAGUUCCUUGGAGAGUUCGAGGGGCGUGGUGCGGCAGCUGAUGCUGCUACUGGCGAGGAGCUGGGUGGCGAAGUGACCGAUGCUGCUGCAGAAGUCCGUGGAGACCAAGGUGAGCAAGUGUGGCUGGUCGGUCGUGGCUCUGCUUUCCACAAGGCAAGCUGUGGCAUGGUCAAGAAGGCACAACCUCAAGGAAAGGCGCGACCGUUGGAGCGAGUGACUGCCGUAGCACAGGGUUACAAGCGUUGUGGACAGUGCAAACCGUGA